CAGGCAUCCGGGCGUGGGGGGUGUGAAGCCGCAGGGUGGGGGAGGAUGUGACGGUUCCUCGCCUCAGUGUCCCCAUUCGUGUCGCUACCGCUGGCCAUGCCGCCCCCGCUCCUCCUCCUCCUCUCGUCCGUCCUGUCCCUCUGUCCCUCCGCCGCCCCCCGAUGUCACCGCGCUCGUGGCGCCGCCUGUGCCGCCCCCCACGUCCCCGGCGCCUCCAUCCUGGGCUGGGGCCUGGACGUCACCACCUUGGCCCCCGCCACUGGCCGAGUCCUCGACGUCGAUGACGAUGAUGACAUCACCGAUGACGUCACUUGCGUGCUGUGCCCCAACCCGUUGGUCGGGGGGCGGCGCUUCCGGCUGCCGCGGGGGGUCGGGGGGUGGCGCGCGGGGCGGCGCUGCCAGCAGGGAACGCUGGUGCUGCGGGGGGCGGGGGCGCUGGCGGGGGUGGCGGGGGGCAGGGCGGGGGUGGCCGUGGGGUGGCGCGUGGGGCUGGAGGGGGCAAGAGGGUCGGUGGGCGUGGCCGGGUCCAGGUCACGGGCGGCCGAGUUCGCCCUGGGCCGGUGGCGCGAGGACGCGGUGGCGUUCGUCAGGAUGCGGGCGCAGUGCACGCUCUACUGGACGUCUGUCUCCCCCCGCGCCCGCCCCUCCCCCCACUUCCUCCAUGCCCUCCGCUCCCUGCCUCCCAACUUCACCGCAGCCACCGCUGCCGACUACGCCGCCCUCAUCGCAGCCUACGGGACCCACAGCAUCCGCGGCGCUCGCCUGGGCGGCCGCCUGGACGCCGUCACCUCCAUCCGCACCUGCCGGGCAGCCAUGACAGGCUCCAGCCUACAAGAAGUGGCCGAUUGCCUGGGGGCCGAAGUCUCGGCUGCGGGCCGCUCCGCUGCCAUGGUCACCGCGUGCCACCGGGCUCGCGCCACCAACGACGCCAACGCCACCUUCCACGAGCUCUACGCCGAGCGCCUGGUGGAGGUGGACGGCGGCCGCCAAGAUGGCGACCUCCUCUACGGUGACCCCAACGCCUUCCCAACAUGGCUACGUGGCCUCCCCACACAUCCGGGGCUGGUGGGCGCCGACGUGCGGCCGCUGCACACCGUCCUGGCGCCGCGGGACCCACAUCGCGCUGCCCUACGCGCCGCCGUCAUCGACUACAUUGCCCGCAAUGCAUUGCGGGUCAACUGCAGCUGCGGGGGCCAUCUUGGCGCCGCCGGGCCUUGUUGCGCGUGCUCAGCUGAUAUGGCCACCACGUGCUGCUCGCAGCACCGCGGGUUGGCGCGGUUGCGGGUGACAGUGAAAGCGGGCGGGGGGUGGCGCGGGGACUAUUUAUCGGGGACGGACGCUUACGUCCGGGUGUAUUAUGGGGGGCGGGAAGCACGGACGCGCACCCUAUGGAACAACCAGCACCCACGCUGGGCGGCCAUCUUGGAUUUGGGGACGGUGACACUGGCACCCGGCGCCAUGUUGAAGGUGGAGGUUUGGGAUGAGGACAACCAAUGGGAUGAUGACUUGUUGGGGGUGUGCAAGGAGCCACUAUCGGCCGAGGGGGGAGGCGAGCGUGACGUCAUCUGUUUCCCCGGUGGGGGGCGGUUGGAGUUUGGUUAUGGGGUGACGUGUGGACCCGCUUUGGGGGGGCCAUAUUGUCAUGAUUAUGUCCCACAACCCCCCGGAGACAUCGGGGGGGUCCAGGGCACCUCCUAUUGGUCCAACGACCCCCGUAACGACCCCCAUAAUGACCCCCAUAAUGACCAAGAUGGCUCCGGGAAUCCCCUCCCCAGCGCCCCCUGGUGGCCGCCAGGGGUUAAUGAAUCAGGGGGCGACCCUCAAGUCCCCAGGGACGAUGGGGACAUGGGAGACCCCACGGAUGCAUUCGGGGAGCUCCCGGAGACAUUUAUGGGGCCCUGGGAGAGGCAUCCAGACCCAUAAGUUGUAUCCAGAUCCAUAAGUUGUACCCAGACCCAUAAGUUGUAUCCAGAUCCAUAAGUUGUUCCCAGACCCAUAAGUUGUACCUGGACCCAUAAGGUGUAUCCAGAUCCAUAAGUUGUUCCCAGACCCAUAAGUUGUACCUGGACCCAUAAGGUAUAUCCAGACCUGUAAGUUGUACCUGGACCCAUAAGUUUUAUGUGGACCCAUAGGUUGUAUCCAGUCCCAUAAGUUGCACCCAGACCCAUGAGCUGUACCCAGACCCAUAAAUUGUACCCAGACCCAUAAGUUGUAUCCAACCCCUCCCGGCCUCCAGGUGGCACCACUGGUGUCGCAAGGGAUGAUGGGAAUAAAGAGCUUCUCGCUGCA